CGGUGUCCCUGCCCCCUGCCCCCAUGCAUCAAAACCCUCUUUCAGCGCAAUGACCAUCGUCCUUCUCAUUAUCAAAUUAGUGUAGGUAACGUUAGCAAUCCUUGGAUAUGCGGACAGUCAGUAUUGUAGUGUGGACGUAGUUUUCCUUUUCAACACUGUUCAAGAGCACACUAAUCAUGGCGAACGAGCCUGUGAGUGUGCUGUUCAAGUUGUACUGUCUGACAGUGAUGACACUGGUGGCAGCAGCUUACACCGUAGCACUGCGAUACACCAGGACCGUUUCUUCGGAUCUGUAUUUCUCUACCACAGCCGUGUGCCUCACGGAGGUCAUAAAACUCUUCCUAAGCAUAGGCAUGCUCGCCAGAGAAACGGGAAACUUCGGUAGGUUGAGGAAUACAAUAGUUGAUCAUAUUAUUCGCAGUCCCAAGGAGCUUCUUAAGCUCAGUGUACCGUCUGUGGUCUAUGCCAUACAGAACAAUAUGGCCUUCAUUGGGUUGAGCAACCUGGAUGCAGCCGUGUACCAGGUGACCUACCAGCUGAAGAUUCCUUGCACAGCGCUGUGCACGGUCCUGAUGCUGAAUCGGUCCCUCAGCAGGCUCCAGUGGUUCUCCGUCUUCAUGCUGUGUGUGGGAGUAACCCUGGUGCAAUGGACGCCAGCUGAAGCCACUAAAGUUCAGGUGGAGCAGAACCCAUUUUUAGGGUUCAUGGCCAUUGCAGUGGCUGUCCUGUGCUCAGGAUUUGCAGGUGUGUACUUUGAGAAGGUGCUGAAGAGUUCCGACACGUCCCUGUGGGUGAGGAACUUGCAGAUGUACCUGUCUGGCAUCGCCAUCACCCUUGUUGGAGUCUUCAUGAAUGACGGUCCACAGAUCAUGGAGAAAGGAUUCUUCUUCGGCUACACACCAUGGGUGGUCUUUGUAGUCUUUCUGUCCAGUGUGGGUGGUUUGUACACAUCCAUUGUGGUGAAGUACACAGACAACAUCAUGAAGGGUUUCUCUGCAGCGGCUGCCAUAGUCCUAUCCACCGUGGCCUCAGUGACCCUCUUUGGCCUUCAAAUAACUGCCACCUUUGCCGGCGGUACACUGCUGGUGUGCGUGUCCAUAUAUCUGUAUGGGUUGCCAAAACAAGACACCAGCAAGGUCAUCAAGGGCGACUCAAAUAGCGAAUCCAAGCAGAAACUGAUAACGGUUUGAUUCCCGGGAUAUUUGGGAGAGGGGAGAUCCUGUGUGGUAUUCGACUGCACUGGUGUCUGGAAAAUGCUCUGAAAUGGAAUCACGGAUCCACGGGACAGGAUCCCCCCUCCCCCCCCAAGUCAUUACAGAUGCUGUAAGAAAGUGCCAGAUAUUCAUGAUUUGUUGAAUGUUAAGGCACAUUAAAUGUUACCCCCAGUUACAGUUGAAAACCGCUAAUCUGCAGAUACGUCUUCACAUGAGUUAACAGCACAUUGUUGGAAAAUGUGCUGAUAUGAUAUUCUUGGGUCCCUCCUGGCAUCUUUUUUAGGCAGGUUUUUACCAGUCAGGCAGCUGUGUAGAGCUGUCUAAGGAAAUGACAAUCACGUCAAAUCUAUAGACUGCUCUCGUUCUUGGUGAAGAUACAGUUAUAUCCAAAGAUGCAAUAACGCAUCUGUAGCCGAAUUAAAAUGUUAAAUCAUGCUAAUUAUUUUAUAAUUUAAUUUUUACAGCAUUUAAGGAAUGUCUUUGUUAUUACUAACAAAUCAUGUGUACUAUGUCCAGAAAAGCCAGGAUUAAUAUGUAUGACUGGAAAAAGCACUUUUUUUUUUUUUAAAUAAAUAAAUGCCGCCAAGCAGGACUAUGUAAGCACCAGACCCAAGGAUGCCCAGUUUACAGUUGUUGUUUUUAAAGAUGUGAACUUUUGCUCGUCAUUCCUAUAUUGCAUUGGCAUUGGAGAUUGCACUGCUUCAUUCAAUUCAACAACAUGUAAUUAAAAGUUUGUCAUAUAAACACUGACUUUUGGAAACGUG